AUCACACAGCUGAUCAUGUCUGAUGCUGGACAGUACAGCUGUGCUGUGGCUGAAUCUCCAUCAUCAGUUUCAUACCAACAGUUUGAAGUUGUUGUUGCUGAAGCACUGCUGGAUGGAAACGAUCCUGCUCAGCUGAAACACUUCAAUAAAGAAACUGGAAGCUCUCUCACAGUUGGAUGUUCCUUUAAACACUCUGCAAGGAGGAAGUACUUCUGCAGGGGAGAAUGUGAAAGAGAUGGGAUUUUAAUCGAGACUCAGGGUGCCAGAGCUCAGAGAGACAGAUACAGCGCUGAAUAUGAAAAAGAAUCUGGUACAAGUGGUAUUCUGUAUGUGACCAUUAAACAGCUGAGGGAGUCUGACUCAGGACGGUACAGAUGUUACCUGGACACAUCCUUUACUACUGAUCCAUACAGAGAGUUUGAGAUUACUGUCACAGAAGUCCUCCCAUCAGCCUCCACAACUUUCACUGGAACCACUGAGCAGUCUGAGAGGACAGCAUCUACAGUCCUCCCAUCAGCCUCCACACCUCCAUCAACUUUCACUGGAACCACUGAGCAGUCUGAGAGGACAGCAUCUACAGAUGUGGUGCCGUUUGUGGGUCUGACUCUGGCUCUCAUCAUCAUCCUGUUAUCAGUGUCAGUGCUGAUAUUCUGCAAGAACAGAUCCUCUAAACCAAAGGAUCCUCCUGUGGGAACUGAACACGCUGCUGUCACAGAGACCAACACAGUGUAUGAGAAUAUCCGAGCAGAGGGCAGACACAGCAGACCUCCAGCCACUUCUCAGCACAAAGAUAGAAGAAGAGCAGCAGACAGCGGACAGAAUUCCAGAGGAAAAGUGAGCACUUCAGAUGUGGCCAAAGAAAAACCUAAUCGUAACCCUCAGUGGUUCGCCAGUGACCUGAUGGAUGUCAAAGAUUAA